UGCCGGCUUGGACUUGCGGGAAAGAUGGAGUAUCCUGCGUUGGGCGCUGUGGAUGCUGCGGAUGGCGGAAGGGCCGGGCCAUACAACGGCUCGGGAGAGCGGGAGGGCGGGGAAGCGGACGGGGUUCGCUUCGACCGCGAGAGGGCGCGCCGCCUGUGGGAAGCAGUGUCCAGUACUCAGCCAGUGGGGAGGGAGGAAGUGGAGCACAUGAUUCAGAAGAAUCAGUGUCUCUUCACCAACACUCAGUGUAAGGUUUGCUGUGCCUUGCUGAUUUCUGAGUCCCAGAAGCUGGCACAUUACCAGAGCAAAAAACAUGCCAACAAAGUGAAGAGAUACCUAGCAAUCCAUGGAAUGGAGACAUUAAAGGGGGAAACGAAGAGGCUAGACUCAGAUCAGAAGAGCAGCAGAAGCAAAGACAAGAACCAGUGCUGCCCCAUCUGUAACAUGACCUUUUCCUCCCCUGUUGUGGCCCAGUCGCAUUACCUGGGGAAGACCCACGCAAAGAACUUAAAGCUGAAGCAGCAAUCCACUAAGGUGGAAGCCUUGCACCAGAAUAGAGAGAUGAUAGACCCAGACAAGUUCUGCAGCCUCUGCCAUGCAACUUUCAAUGACCCAGUAAUGGCUCAACAACAUUAUGUGGGCAAGAAACACAGGAAGCAAGAGACCAAGCUCAAACUCAUGGCACACUAUGGACGACUAGCAGACCCUGCUGUCACUGACUUAUCAGCUGGGAAGGGCUACCCCUGCAAGACGUGUAAGAUAGUGCUGAACUCCAUAGAACAGUACCAGGCUCACAUCAGUGGCUUCAAGCACAAGAACCAGUCACCAAAAACAAUGGUAUCACCCUUGGGCCAGAUUUCAGUGCAAAAUCAACUCACUCAAAAUGACUCAAGUACCGUGGAAGACUAAAAGCAUAUCUGUCCAACAAUUUAUAUUGGACCAGCCAUGAGCCAGCUUCCUGUGACUGUGGUCAGCCCCUGGCUCCCUCUCCCUCUUUCUACACCAGAAGAAUGUGUAGUUCCGAGCCUGUGUUUGGCCCAGGCCAAUCUAUUCCUGCUGUUCCCCUGUGCUGUGGGCCUUACAGGUCAUUACAGGGAGGCAGGAAGAUUGAGAGGAUUGGAGCAGUGGUUGGAGAAUGGCCUUCCUCCUUCUCCAGCUCCCCUGGGCCAUAUGGUCUGUGACCCCACUGCCUGUUUUCCUCUCCAGGUCACUUUUGGGCAAAAAUUCCUGCAGCUAAUGACCAGAAUUGCUCCCAAGCUACAGGCUUCUCCUGUGGAAGCUGGAACUUUUGUGCAGACUUUGCCAAGAAAGAAAAUAGUAGACGGAAGUGGCUGCCACUUGGAACUUGAAGCUUAUAUCACACUCUCUCACCUUCCAGAAAGUAUGGGCUUUCCUGAGCCUUGGACCAGAUGCUGGCCGGUUGUACAGUCCUGCUAACUGAUGGGUCUUGGAGCACUGACAGUUCUGGCAAAGCAUUCUCGACCCUCCUGCCAUCACAACGGUUCCUGAAUGGUGCUAAGGAUCUAUAACAGCUGAAUGGACAAGCUGGAGCUGGGUGAGGCCUCAUUGCCCAGUGGGAUCCUAGGAAGCUCCAGUGGGGACCUUGUCCCUCCAUCAGAGGUGCUCUGGCCCAGAGUCAUGUGGGAAAGACCCCUACCUGCCACUUUAGGGUUCUGUACCUUAAAAGCAGACUGCUUCAUGCCAGCCAUCUGAGAGGUUCAUUGCUGCCCUUCAGCCCUAUUAAGCCUGUCCUUCCCCUUGUGCAGUGGACCAUCCUGCCAGGUUGCUGUGGUGCUAUCCUUCACUUACCUUCCACAGAGAAAUUCCUGGGUACAAGGAGCCAGAGGGGCUCCAGAGAAAGAAACAGAGAGCUGAUGCAAGUUUUUGCAAUGAGGAGCUGAGCAUGCCUGUGGCACAAGUUUAUAGUCCCAGCUCUUAAGAGACUGAGGCAGGAAGAUUGGUGCAAGUUUAAGGCCAGUGUGGGCUUCAUAGACAGCUCAAAGCCAACCUGAACUACAUAGUAAGAUCCUGUCUCCAAAAAAAGUUUCUGCAGGGAAGAAACACAUGUUGCCCUGACCCCAAGCCCAGAUUUCUCUUAACCCCACUAUUCUCUGGCCUGAUACUUCACUGGGCGAGCAGUUUUCCCAUAUAGCUUGUCAGAAUUCCACGGGGCUGGGGAGAUGGCUCAGUGGAAUAAGCGCUUCCCUGGCAAGCACAAGGGCCUGAGUUCAAUCCCUGGUUCUGCAAAAAAAAUAGUAAUUCCAGGGAAUGCCAUCUGGGGCUCUUCUUCAGGGUAAGGAAACCUCCAGCUGCUGUCAUGGCCUCUGUCCCACUAUCUAGACCCUUCACCUAUGAAAUGCUUUGCCUUUUGUGUGCGUUUGUGUGCACGUGCGCGUGCAUGCGCGCCUGUGCACUUAUGCUCUUUGUCUCUUGAGCACCUGAUUAUCCAAAUAAAGACCAUCUUCCCUGA